ACGUGAUGUUUGGGUUUUCCCCGGCGCUGCCCGCACACUUGCAGAUUGCACAGGAUUCUUGUCUGACGGGGAGAACAGAAUAAAAGCAACUCUACAGGACCUUGUUUCCAAUAUAAGCCUUAAGAGAAAAUCUGCAUUCACCGCUCCGUAGAAAAUGUCUUAUGGUUCCAUUGAUGGGAGCGGAUUCGGAAGCCGGAACCCCUUUGGAGGCCCAUCGAGACAAGGAUAUCAGCCCCUAGCCACCCAGAUCGAUCCCAACGAACUCCAGGAAUUGUUUCAGGAAACUUCAGCCAACAUCUUCCGAAUUAACUCCAAUGUGACUUCCUUGGAAAGAACCCUUCGAUCUCUUGGGACAUCGAAUGAUACGCAAGAGCUGCGAGAUGGACUGCAUGCAACCCAGCAAGAGACCAAUAAAACCGUUACUACCAGCACGAAAGCUAUCAAGCAGCUGUCUGAGAUUGUCAGAGGUUCAUCUAGGCAAGAGCGACUUCAGCUGGACAGGUUGAAUAACCAGCUGUCUGAUGCCAUCCAGCGAUAUGGAGCUGUGCAAAAGAAAAUAGCAGAGAAGUCCAAAGCUUUGCUUCCUUCCGGGCAGAGAAGCAGCAAACAGCAGAGUCCCAGGACCCCCUUCUCCGACCUGGCUGAUGAUGAGAAGAUUUUUAAUGGAGGAGAUGGCUUGUGGCAGAACCAGAGUCAGGAUCAAGCCCUGCUCUCGGAAAUCACAGAAGAGGACCUGGAGGCCAUCCGUCUGCGGGAAGAAGCCAUUCAGCAGAUUGAGAGUGACAUGUUGGAUGUAAACCAGAUCAUUAAAGACCUGGCCUCCAUGGUUUAUGAACAAGGCGACACAAUAGAUAGUAUUGAAGCCAACAUUGAGACUGCAUCUUCUAAUGUAGAAUCAGCCAAUGAGCAGUUGGCUAAAGCCAGUCAGCACCAACAACGAGCCAGGAAGAUGAAGUGCUGCCUUCUCUCUGUCGGAAUGGCCGUUCUGCUGGUUGUUGUCGUAAUUAUUGCAGUCUCAGUCAAACACUGAUCCCGCUGAGAUUCUACAGAGCACCUGAUCACACCAUGAAGUGGAACGGACUCCGAAGAUACUUCACAUUCAGGCCAUAUAUCAAUUUCUGCUUUACUGGAUAUGUGAUAUUAAAACUGCUGUAACCAAUAAAGACCGUAAUUGUAUGAAAGAAAAGCUACGUUUUGUAACAUUUAUUAGUGAUCAUGAAUGUUUUUUUUUUCCUUUAUCUCCUUCACUGAAGACACACACUGUAUUUGAUCUUGUGUUAUGGAUUUUACUUGUCCUGUGUAUCUUGGGAAUGUUAUUUCAUUGCUGCUGAAGCUUGGUGUUUAGAGUGCUUGAAUAUGUUUAA